GAAGGCCCGGGUCCCAGGGAAGGCGGCGGUCACGGCGUCACCGCAGCCGAGAUGGACACGGCGAUCGCCGAGGAAGGCUUCUCGUCCGUGUAUCCGACCAGGCUGGCCCCGUUCACGCUGCUCAUGCAGAGCGCGAAAAGCCGGCUGUACACCGCGGUGGCGUGCGUCGUGCUCUACCACGCGUUCCUGCUGUUCGCCAUCGCCCGCCACUGGUCCGAGGGUCCCGACCUGUGCCACCCCGUGUGGCUGCUGGCCCUGGCCACGCUCCUGGUGCUCCUGUUCGCGGUCGGCCGGGUGCUGCUGAAGCGCUACGCGACCACCAUCAUGGCCUGGGCGGACGCGCUGCGAUACCGCGAGAGGAUGCCCACGGUGUGGCUGACCAUCCUGGUGGUCGGCGUCUGCCUGCUGGUGUACGACGCGCGCGAGCGCCUCUCCCGGCUAGCCUCCCUGGGCGGCAUCGCGGUGCUCCUCGGCGUCGCCUACGCACUCUCCAGCAGCCGGAAAACCAUUCCGUGGCUGGUGCUGGCGCGCGCUCUGGUGCUCCAGUACGUGGCGGCGGCGCUGAUGCUGCGCUGGCCGGCGGGCCGGAUCCUGGUCGUGUGCCUGUCGCAGCACAUCAGGCGUUUCUUCAAGCACGCGUCCGGAGGGAGCGAAUUCCUGUUCGGGUACCUGGCCGCCGGCGCCAACUUGUCCGUGUCCGGAGGAGGCGGCGUUCUGAUGCUCGCCAACGGGCGCAACGACACGUCCACGCUCCUGCCCAUACUGGCGUUCAGCGCGAUGCCAGUGAUCUUCUACGUGGGCUUCUGCGUGAACGUGCUCUACUACUGGGGCAUCAUGCAAGCCAUCGUCUCCCGGCUGGGCGGAUUCCUGAACCAAGUAGUCGGCUCCACCGCCUGCGAGUCCAUAUGCGCCGCCGGGAACCUGCUACUCGGACCGGAGCAGUCGACGCUGAUGCUGCACCCGUACCUGCCGCACGUCACCAAAGCCGAGCUCCACUGCUUCCUGACGUCGGGCUUCGCCAGCAUGUCAUCCGUCAUGCUCGGAUCGUACAUCACGCUCGGAGUGGACACGCAGCACCUGGUCACUGCGGCUGUGCUGGCUGCGCCGUCGUCGCUGCUCUUCUCCAAGCUGCUGUUCCCGGAAACGGAGGAGCUGCGCGUGGUCACCGUGCGCAUUUACACGCACAGCAGCACGGACACCAGUAUGCUGGAGGCGGGUGCCAAGGGCGCCAUAGCGUGCCUAGCCCUAGUCGGGGGCAUCCUCGCCAACAUCGUGGCCUUCAUGGCGUUCAUCCACUUUCUCAACGCCAUCUUCCGGUGGGCCGCCGAAAUUAUGGGCCUGAGGGACGUCACGUUCGAGAAUGUGCUGGGCCGGGCGUUCACCCCACUGGCACUGAGCAUGGGCGUGCCGUGGCAAGACUGCGCCGACGUGGGCGAAGUUAUCGGCAUCAAGGUGGUGGCCAACGAGUUCAUCGCCUACCAAUCGCUGCUCGCCAAAAAGCUCGACGCCCGCUCCGCGAUGCUGGCCACGUACGCGCUGUCUGGCUUCGGCAACCUGUGUUCAAUGGGCGUCAUGCUGGGCAGCCUGGCCGCGCUGUGUCCGCGUCGCCUGUCCGACGCCUCCGAGUUGGCCUUCCGAGCCCUGUGGGCCGGCUGCUCGGCAAGCAUACUCAGUGCCUGCGUAGCCGGCAGCCUCACCGACACAUGAGACCUGGAAGAACGCUUGCUUCAAUAAAUGUUUGUUAAAUGCUUUUCACCAAUCUCAUCACAGAAGACGAAGACCAUCACAUUCACUUCGCGAAGCAUUCUCGUGCAUAAUUGUUUAUUGCGAUUUUUAC